AUGAAGUUCCUCAACCUCCUCGCAGCCCUCGUCGCCGUCGCCCCUCUCAGCCUCGCGGCUCCCUCUGCCUCCUUCGAGCGUCGCCAGGGUUCUGUCAACCCCUACAUUGGGAGGAGCCCGCUCGUUAUCAAGUCCUACGCCGAGAAGCUCGAGGAGACGAUUGCCUAUUUCGAGGCUCAGGGUGACGAGCUCAACGCUGCUCGUACGAGGACUGUGCAGGGCAUCCCCACCUUUGCGUGGAUUUCGGAUAGCGCCACGAUCGACACCAUCCAACCACUCAUCGCCGAUGCUGUCGCUCACCAGGAAGCAUCCGGCGAACAAGUCCUCGUGCAGCUCGUUAUCUACAACCUGCCCGAUCGUGACUGCGCUGCCAAGGCAUCCGAUGGAGAGUUCCACUUGGAUGACGAUGGUGCCAACAAGUACAGGGCCUAUGUUGACAGGAUCGUGGCUGAGCUUUCCACCGCGGACGCGGAUAAACUCCACUUCUCCAUUGUCCUCGAGCCGGACUCGUUGGGUAACAUGGUGACAAACAUGCACGUACCCAAGUGCCAGGGUGCCGCCACCGCCUACAAGGAGGGUAUCGCCUACACCAUCGCAAGCUUGCAAAAACCCAACAUCGACCUCUACAUCGACGCUGCCCACGGUGGCUGGCUGGGCUGGAACGACAACCUUCGCCCCUCGGCCGAGAUCUUCAAGGAGACCCUCGACCUCGCACGCCAAAUCACCCCCAACGCAACCGUCCGUGGUCUCGCCAUCAACGUCUCCAACUACAACCCCUACAAGACCCGAGCCCGCGAGGACUACACCGAAUGGAACAACGCCUACGACGAGUGGAACUACGUCAAGACCCUUACGCCUCACCUCCAGGCUGUGGGCUUCCCCGCCCAGUUCAUCGUCGACCAAGGUCGUUCCGGCAGGGAAGGAAUCAGGACCGAGUGGGGCCAGUGGUGCAACAUCAGGAAUGCUGGGUUCGGUAUUAGGCCCACGACUGACCAGGCGAUCGUUGAUAGCGCGAACGUGGAUGCGAUUGUUUGGGUCAAGCCUGGUGGAGAGUCCGAUGGUACCAGUGAUGUCAACGCGGUUAGGUUCGACGAGAACUGCAGGAGUCCCGCCUCGCAUGUUCCCGCUCCCGAGGCUGGCGAAUGGUUCAACGAGUUCGUCGUCAACCUCGUCAUUAACGCGAACCCACCGCUUGAGCCUACUUACGCGUAA